AUGACAUAUCUUUCAAUCGUAUUCGCUACUGUGUGGUUCAGCUUUGUAUUGACCUGUCCACCCACUCCUCCACCAGGAGGAGGAGGUGCAGGAGGAGGUGGUGGAGGAGGUGGUGGUGGAGGACAAGGAAGUGGCACUAACACUAGUGGAAAACGCGAAGUUGACGACAUCGACGUUACCGUAGUCAGCAAUCAGAAGUUCGAUCCCGCUAUGAACGACGCACAUAUGCAAGUUUUCAAAAGCUUAUUGAAUGACUACGUUAAAGCCAGGGGAGCAAAUUAUAACAAGGACAUGGUGCAGGAGGAGAUAAUAAAUGUAGAUGGCAACUUUGCGAUUCUCUACACUCUACAGGGUUACGACUGCGAUGGGGUGAACAACUUCUUGCAUGAAGCUAAAAGCAGCGCAAACUUCAUCAAGGACAUCAAAGUCAAGUGUGGUGGAAGACCGCAGUUUGUUGUUGUCUGAGCAAUUUCCAGACAAUAAAUCAAUCGCAUGCAAAA